AUGUUAAAGGCGUCGGCGAGUGAAACAUUUGGUAUAACGACAAGGAUUAAUAUAUUAAGAAAUUGUGCUAAGCUAGCAGAACUGAAACGCACAGAAAAUGUUAACGUACAGAUAGAAGAUACAAAGAUUGAUCACGUACCAGUGAGAAUUUAUCGUUCGAAUCGAAUAAAGGAUAUGAACAAAUCGUUAUAUCCUGUUAUUGUUUAUUAUCAUGGUGGUGCAUUUUACAUGGGAUCAUUGGAAACUCAUCAUUAUAUUACUAGUAAAUUAGCUGAAUUGACUGAUUUUAUUGUUAUAUCUGUUGACUACCGUCUUGCGCCGGAACAUCCGUUUCCUGCGGGUUUAGAUGAUUGUUACAAGGUGACAAAAUAUUUGUUUGACCAUGGAAAAGAAUUUCAAAUUGAUCAAAAACGAAUUGUACUUGCUGGCGACUCAGCCGGUGGAACUUUUGCUGCUGUGUUAGCACAACGUUUGGUUGACAAAGAUUAUUCGCCGAAAUUGCAAGUGUUGAUUUAUCCAAUUGUUCAAUUUUUUGAUUUUAUGUUACCAUCAUAUAUGAAAGCAAACGUUGAAGUGUUGGACUAUGGCACUAUGGCAGAUGUUUUAUCUAUUUAUUUGAAUAAAACGAUCACUUCCGAUAUCUUAGGUAAUAAUCACACAACACCAAAAGUGAAAAAACAAUUUGAAAAAUAUAUCGAUUGGUCUCUUAUUCCCGUCGAUAUACGUGGUGAACGGAAUCCAAUUGCACCUGAUUAUGGUAGUAACGAACUGUAUGAACAAGUAAAACAAGCGCUCACCGAAGAUAUAUCACCAUUGCUCGUUGAUGACACACGUUUGAAAAAGUUACCGCCUACCUACAUGUUGUCAGUUAAUCAUGAUAGACUACGAGAUGAAAAUUUUAUUUAUGCCAAGCGACUGGAGAAUGUUGGAGUCAAAGUUGUACAUCAUCAUUAUGAACAUACAUUUCAUGGUGCAUUGAAUUUUCUUCAUGCUCCAAUGGAUUUGAAAAUAGCCCACACAAUGAUAGACAACAUUGUAAGAUAUCUUCUAGAAAAUGUCUAA